CCAUAGCCCUGGGCCAUGGCCAAAGUUGGGCUCUCCUUCUGGGGACAUUCAGCUAGAGGCCAUGACUGGAAGCAGAGGGCAGUGGGCUCUGGAUCAGCAGUGGGGGUUCCUGUGUUCUAUUCUCAGCUUUGACCCUCCCCACUUCUUCGUACUCAGUUUCCUCAGCUGUAAAAUGAAGUUGGGUGGAAUCAUCUCUGAGGUUCCUUCUAACAGUAAAUCCUAUGCUUCCACACUACCCCCUAAUGGUGCUGCCUUCCCUGUCUUCCUCACAGAGAUCUCCUUCCCCUCCUGGACACCACCCUCUGAAGUUGGUCAGAGCUUCCUCAACCAACUGAGAUUUAUCACCAGCAAACUAAAAAGUGGCUGUGCCCAGGAAUCCAUCAAGGAGUUCGUGGAGGAUAUAGAGAAACUUCUGGAGACAUCCAGAGACCUGGGUCAUCUGCCCGUAGAGACUCGGCUUCAAGUGGCCACAUACUUGCUCUCUGGCUCGGAACAAGUCCUGCGAGCCCUCACCCAGACCAUGCCCAAUGGGACCCUGGUCUUCCAUACUGUGGGGGACAUAAGCAAGCAAGCAGAACUGUCCGUGAAUAUUAAGGAAAAACCGACGGGGAGCGUCGAGGUGGGCAGGAGCCAUUCAAAGAUGAAGCUGGACUGGAAUUUGGCCUGGAAGCCUGGUGGCUCAGAAAAGGCUGUUGUGGGCCUGUUCUCCUCUCAUGCAAUGAAGAGACUGCUGGCCAACGCCUCGCUGGUCUUGGAGCCUGCAACGCAGGCUGCCCUGCAGCAAGCCAAUGAGGCCCGAGUGGGAGGGGGCAUUCCAGUUCUGCUCUCUGCUGUCAGCACGGCCUUCCUGAGCAACAAAGACACUGGAAAUCUCAGCUCCCCGGUCACCUUUGCCUUCUCCCACCCAAAUGUGUCUUGUAAGCCAAACGAGGAAGUGAUCUGUGCCUUCUGGCAACGAAACAACAAUGGGAGCGGUCACUGGGCAACCACCGGCUGUACGAAAGUGGGCAGCAAAGGGACCAGUACCACCUGCAACUGUACCCACCUCAGCAGCUUUGCCAUCCUCAUGGCCCAAUAUGAUGUGGAGGACUGGAAGCUGUCAGUGAUCACUCAGGUGGGGCUGGGAGUGUCCCUAGUCUGCCUGCUCCUCUGCAUCCUCACCUUCCUGCUGUGCCGGCCCAUCCAAGGCUCCCGCACCACCAUCCACCUGCACCUGUGCCUCUGUCUCUUCGUCGGUUCUGCUGUCUUCCUGGCUGGCACCGCCAACCCUGGCCAAGGACAGGUGGGGCUGCGCUGCCGCCUAGUGGCCGGUCUGCUGCACUACUGCUUCCUGGCCGCCUUCUGCUGGAUGUGCCUCGAGGGCCUGGAGCUCUACUUCCUCGUGGUGCGCGUGUUCCCGGGGCCUGGCCUCCGCACGCGCUGGCUCUGCCUGCUGGGCUACGGGACGCCCGCCCUCAUCGUGGCCAUCUCUGCAGCGGUCAACAGCCAGGGCUACGGCCGCCCGCGCUAGUGAGUGCGCGGCCCC